UAGCCUAGUUCGAAUGAAAGGUAGGGCACAAGGCUAUCCCUGAGUUCACAGGUGUCCUUUCUUAUCCCCUUUUCUUCAUGAAGAUUGGGUGAGUCUUCCGUGACUGGCCUUUCUCUUGUUGUUGUUGAGUGCCUGCAGUUGCACUUCUUUCUUUAUGCAUCUUUCUCCCAUGCUUUCCGUUGGUCAACAACCAACCAAAGCUCUAUCUCAUUCUUCACGAGUCCUACAGGAAGGACUCUCUUUCUGUCUGUAGGGAAUCCUUUUCUUGAAAUCCAUCAAUAUGUUUGAAAAAUUUCCACGCCUCUUUUUAUUUGAUGAAAAUAGUCUGAAUUCCAGUGCUACAUCUUCUAGAACUCCGAGUCAAUCCACGAUGACUAUUACCGAUUCUAGUCUUCAAUCGUCCGAUACUCAAGGUUCUUAUGAUGGUAUUUUUGAGGAUCAUCCAGGUCUUAACCCUUCCAGUGAACGUAUAGUAGAGCUUCAAUCUGAUAUACGCGAGAAAUUGGAGGAGCUUCUGAUUAACAAGAAUCCCGAAGAUGCUGUGGUUGCGGCCGAAGCUUUACAUGGGGAAAGCGACAAUAUCCCUUUUAUGGAGUUCAUUUUGAAUGAUUUGAACACAAACGGAGUAGAAAGUGAUUCCUAUAAAGAUGCGCUGGCAGCACUAAUGAAGAUGGUCCCCAGCCCACUUGAACAAUUUGAAAUCAUCCCAUUUUUUCCUAUGAAGAUAGGAGACUUGUAUUUCUCAUUCACAAAUCCAUCUUUGUUUAUGCUGCUAACUCUCAGUUUGGUCCUACUUCUGCUUUAUUUUGUUACUAAAAAGGGAGGAGGAAACUCAGUACCAAAUGCUUGGCAAUCCUUGGUAGAGUUUAUUUAUGAUUUCGUGCUAAACCUGGUAAACGAACAAAUAAGUGGUCUUUCCGGAAAUGUGAAACAAAAGUUUUUCCCUUGCAUCUUGGUCACUUUUACUUUUUCGUUAUUUCGUAAUCCCCAGGGUAUGAUACCUUAUAGCUUUACAGUUACAAGUCAUUUUCUCAUUACUUUGGGUCUCUCAUUUUCUAUUUUUAUAGGCAUUACUAUAGUGGGAUUUCAAAGAAAUGGGCUUCAUUUUUUAAGCUUCUUUUUACCCGCAGGAGUCCCACUGCCGUUAGCACCUUUUUUAGUACUCCUUGAGCUAAUCCCUCAUUGUUUUCGCGCAUUAAGCUCAGGAAUACGUUUAUUUGCUAAUAUGAUGGCCGGUCAUAGUUCAGUCAAGAUUUUAAGUGGGUCCGCUUGGACUAUGCUAUGUAUGAAUGAUCUUUUCUAUUUCAUAGGGGAUCUUGGUCCUUUAUUUAUAGUUCUUGCAUUAACCGGUCCGGAAUUAGGUGUAGCUAUAUCACAAGCUCAUGUUUCUACGAUCUCAAUCUGUAUUUACUUGAAUGAUGCUAUAAAUCUCCAUCAAAGUGAUUCUUUUUUAUAAUUGAACAAAAGCGAGGAGCAAAGCCACUUUACCGAGUUUACGAGGUGAAGGAGUGAUAAC